AGUGAGGUGGUGGCAGAGGAGUCCAUCGGAUGCUUCCAGAAAGCCCUAAGCCACCUGCGGGAAAUAUGGGAACUGAUUGGGAUCCCAGAAGACCAGCGGUUACAGAGGACUGAGACUGUGAAGAAGCACAUCAAGGAACUCCUGGAUAUGAUGAUUGCUGAAGAGGAAAGCCUAAAGGAGAGGCUCCUCAAAAGCAUUUCCGUCUGUCAAAAAGAACUGAGCACCCUGUGUAGCGAGUUACACGUGGAGCCAUUUCAGGAGGAAGGAGAGACAACCAUCUUGCAGUUAGAAAAGGACUUGCGCACUCAGGUGGAAUUGAUGCGAAAACAGAAAAAGGAGAGAAAACAGGACCUGAAGCUACUUCAGGAACAAGAUCAGGAACUGUGUGAGAUCCUUUGUAUGCCGCAGUAUGACAUUGACAGCACCUCAGUCCCCAGCUUGGAAGAACUGAACCAGUUUAGACGACAUGUGACAACUCUGAGGGAAACAAAGGCAUCUAGGCAUGAGGAGUUCGUCAACAUAAAGAGGAAGAUCAUACUGUGUAUGGAAGACUUAGAUCACACCCCAGACACAAGCUUUGAAAGAGAUGUGGUGUGUGAAGAUGAAGAAGCCUUUUGUUUAUCUUUGGAGAAUAUUGCAACACUACAAAAGUUACUACGGCAGCUGGAAAUGCAAAAAUCACAGAAUGAAGCUGUGUGUGAGGGGCUGCGAGCUCAAAUUCGAGAGCUCUGGGACCGGCUGCAGAUACCUGAAGAAGAGAGAGAAGCCGUGGCCACCAUUAUGACUGGGUCGAAGGCCAAGGUUAAGAAAGCGCUGCAAUUAGAAGUGGAUCGGUUAGAAGAACUGAAAAUGCAAAACAUGAAGAAAGUGAUUGAAGCAAUCCGAGUGGAGCUGGUUCAGUACUGGGACCAGUGUUUCUACAGCCAGGAGCAGAGGCAGGCUUUUGCCCCUUACUAUGAUGAUGACUAUACAGAAAACCUGCUCCAGCUUCACGAUGCCGAGAUUGUACGGUUAAGAAACUACUAUGACGUUCACAAGGAACUCUUUGAAGGCGUCCAGAAGUGGGAAGAAAGCUGGCGGCUUUUCUUAGAAUUUGAGAGAAAAGCUUCAGAUCCAAGCCGAUUUACAAACCGGGGGGGAAAUCUGCUAAAAGAAGAAAAGCAACGAGCCAAACUCCAGAAAAUGCUCCCUAAGCUGGAAGAGGAGUUGAAGGCACGGAUUGAAAUGUGGGAACAGGAACAUUCAAUGGCCUUUGAGGUGAAUGGACAGAAAUUCAUGGAGUAUGUGAUGGAACAGUGGGAGAUGCAUCGACUGGAGAAAGAGAGAGCUAAGCAGGAGAGACAACUCAAGAACAAGAAGCAGACAGAGACAGAGAUGCUGUACGGCAGUGCUCCCCGAACACCCAGCAAGCGGCGAGUUCUGGCUUCCAACACGCCUGGCAAAGUACGCAAGCUGAACACUACCACCAUAUCCAAUGCUACGGCCAAUAGUAGCAUCCGGCCUACCUUUGCGGGGACAAUCUACCGCUCCCCCGUGUCUCGACUUCCUCCUUCCGGCAGCAAGCCAGUCAUGACUUCCACCUGCUCGGGGAAGAGGACGCCCCGUGCUGGCAGGCAUGGUGCCAACAAAGAGAACCUGGAGCUCAAUGGCAGCAUCCUGAGCGCGAGAACUUUCAAAGGCUUCCAAAUCUGAUGCUACUUCCGGAAUCCUCAAUUCAACCAACAUCCAGUCCUGAGAAGCCCUGAUCAGUCAACCAACUAUGGCUUCCUGUGUCUAGACUGGACCUAAUUAUACUGGGGUGGCCUUAGCUUUUCUUUAGUUUAGGUGUGCUUGAGACCCUGGGCAGGCUCUGCUAGCAUGGGCCUAACUUUAAGGAUGUGAACAAGUAUAACAGAAGAAAGUUCAUCGUAGGGUUUAAAGGGUCCUAGGAGACUUGGAUUUC